AGGUUAAAAUUGACACUGCUUUGGGAAGUUGAAAUUUCGGUGGUGAAGAAUUACCGAAAUUUUUCAAAAAUUAGAAUAAUUUGUUAGUAAUAAAAUGGCUUUAAAUAAAUUGAGUAUCGAUUCUCUUAAUUUAAGUGGCAAACGAGUGCUCAUGAGGUUAGUUCCGUUAAAAUACAGUUCGUAAAAUCUUCCCCGACGUUAAGUUCGAAACUUAAUAGUUUUCUUUUAUUGUAGAGUUGACUUUAAUGUGCCCUUGAAAGAAGGAGUUAUAACGAACAACCAGCGUAUCGUAGCAGCCUUGGAUUCAGUUAAAUAUGCGCUGGACAAAGGCGCGAAAUCUGUGGUUCUUAUGUCCCAUUUAGGCCGGCCUGACGGUCAGGCAAACUUGAAAUACACCUUGAAGCCGGUUGCUGCAGAACUCAAAAAACUCUUGAACAGAGACGUAACUUUCCUGCCUGAUUGUGUGGGUUCUGAAGUGGAAGCUGCAUGUGCUGAUCCUCCUGUUGGAUCUGUCAUUCUUUUGGAGAACCUCCGCUUCCAUAUUGAGGAAGAAGGAAAGGGUUUAGAUGCAAAUGGUACCAAGGUCAAAGCUGAUCCUGAAAAGGUCAAAGCAUUCCGAGCUAGUUUGAGGAAGUUAGGGGAUGUGUACAUCAAUGAUGCCUUUGGUACUGCACACAGAGCACACAGUUCCAUGAUGGGUGAUGGUUUUGAACAAAGAGCCAGUGGCUUUUUGUUGAAAAAGGAAUUGCAGUACUUUGCUAAAGCACUCCAUGAACCAGAAAGACCUUUCUUGGCAAUCCUUGGUGGAGCCAAAGUUGCCGACAAGAUUUUACUGAUAGAAAAUUUAUUAGACAAAGUUAAUGAAAUGAUCAUUGGUGGUGGUAUGGCUUAUACAUUCCUCAAAGAAACAAAAGGCAUGGCUAUUGGCGGUUCAUUAUAUGAUGCAGAAGGAGCUAAAAUUGUUGGUAAACUUUUGGAGAAAGCUGCCAAGAAUAAUGUGAAGGUGCAUCUUCCAGUAGACUUUGUCACUGCUGAUAAGUUUGAUGAAAAUGCUUCGGUUGGCAGUGCUACCGUUGAGUCUGGAAUCCCUGACGGCUGGCUAGGACUUGAUGUCGGUCCUAAAUCUCGAGAGCUGUUCGCUGAACCUAUUGCAAGGGCUAAAGUUAUUGUAUGGAAUGGACCUGCUGGUGUAUUUGAGUUUGAAAAGUUUGCCGGUGGCACCAGAGCUCUCAUGGACGGUGUAGUAAAGGCCACAGCUAAUGGGGCAAUCACAAUUAUUGGUGGCGGCGACACGGCCACAUGUUGCGCAAAAUGGGGUACAGAGGACAAAGUAUCUCACGUUUCUACCGGUGGAGGCGCUUCAUUGGAACUCCUUGAGGGUAAGUAGUAAAAAAACUAUCUUAUUAAUUUUACUCAUUGACGCCCCUCAAUGAAAGUUAACGCCCUAGGCAAAAUAUUGGAAAACGCCCAUAAUAUAAAUCGCAAAAAAUAGGAGUGCUUAAUAUAUG